AUGCUAGGGAAAAAGAUGGUAUCAUUGAAGAAACUAGCCAAAAAGGUGAAGGCUGUUGGUGGAGCUGACCCUGAUCCUCCCUACAAUGAAUAUUUGCUCAAGGGGUAUGUGGAAGAAUCCCCAUCAAGCACAACCCCAAAUGGUUUUUUUGCACUUUAUGUUGGGGAGGAGCGUCAGAGGUAUGUGGUUCCAACCAGUUACCUUUCUCACCCUUUAUUCAAGAUGUUGUUGGAGAAGGCUUACAGUGAAUUUGGGUUUGCACAGAGGAAUGGCCUGGUAGUUCCAUGCAGUGUUUCCACAUUUCAGGAGGUUGUAAAUGCUAUAGAAUGUAACAAUGGCAAGUUUGACUUGGGCAAAAUUUUUGAAGAUUUUGUUUAA